GUUUAAACAGGACUGCAUGAACCAGAAUACUCAUUUACAAACAUGCACUUAUACAAUCUAAAGACAUGAACAGAAAUGCUUAUUAUUGAAAAUGGACUAUAUUGGACAUGUGUAUAUUUUUGUUUCUGUCAUCCUGACAAUAUCUGAAGGGUUUACAGUGAAGGGUUCCUCAGGUCCUCUGGUUGUUCCUCUGGGAGGUUCAGUGGUUCUGCCCUGUUCUGUUGAUUCAUUCUUAUCACUGGAGGAUCUGGAGGUGGAAUGGAGAAGAUCAGACUCACAGACUCUCAUUCAUCUGUAUCAAGAUGAAGAUAUUAGACCAGAGUCUCAACAUCAGGAUUAUCAUGAUAGAGCUCAUUUCUUCACUGAAGACAUUAAACAUGGAAACUUCUCCCUACUGUUGAACAAUCUGAAAGCUGAAGAUGAGGGACAAUACACAUGUAAAGUUCACACUGGACAAGAGUCUGGAGAAACUGAGGUGGAAAUUAAACAUGUUGAGCGUUUAAUUGUAUCAGGAUCAAGUCGGUCCAUAUUUGCAUAUGAGGGUGAUGACGUCACUUUGAACUGCUCUGUGGACUCUCACAUCAAACCUGAAGAGAUUGAAGAGGUUUCAUGGAAGAAAAGAGAUAAACAUGAAAAAAUCCUGGUUCUGCUCUAUCAAAACAAUGAAAUUCAAUCAGAAUCAUCAGAUGAGCGAUACAGAGACCGAGUUGAGUUCUUCACUGAUGAAAUCCACAGAGGAAACUUUUCUCUCAGACUGAAGAGAGUCAGAACUGAAGAUAAAGGAGUUUACAUCUGUCAAGUGUUUGCUGGACAACUUUCAGCAAACACAACUGUUAUACUGGAGAGACUGGGUUUCUCUGGUUUACACAUAAUGGUGUUGAUUCUCUGUAUUACUGCAUGUGGAUCUGCUCUUCUAAUCAGCUUUCUCAUCUACUGCAAAUCAAACAAACCAGGUUUAAAGUUCUCUGUGGAUUAUUCUUAUCAAAAUCUGGGAGCUUCAGUGGUUCUUCCCUGUUUUAAUAACAAACCCAUACCAGAAGAAGGUCUGAAGGUGAAAUGGAGUAAAUCAGGCCUGAAGAGUCCAGUAUGUCUGUAUGAAGGUGGAGAUAUUAGACCAGAGGCUCAACAUCAGGAUUAUCAUGAAAGAGCUAAUUUCUUCACUGAAGACAUUAAACAUGGAAACUUCUCACUCCUGUUGAACAAUCUGACAACUGAAGAUGAGGGACAAUAUACAUGUACAGUUUACUCUGGACAAGAGUCUGUGUUUUCAGUGAGGGUGAAUUUGAAAGAGACAAACUUUAAGUACACAUUGAAAUAUUUAGAUGAUCAAGAUGUUCCUCCUGGAGGUUCAGUGGUUCUGCCCUGUUUUAAUAACAAACCCAUACCAGAAGAAGGUCUGAAGGUGAAAUGGAGUAAAUCAGGCCUGAAGAGUCCAGUAUGUCUGUAUAAAGAUGGAGAUAUUAGACCAGAGGCUCAACAUCAGGAUUAUCAUGAUAGAGCUCAUUUCUUCACUGAAGACAUUAAACAUGGAAACUUCUCACUCCUGUUGAACAAUCUGACAGCUGAAGAUGAGGGACAAUACACAUGUAAAGUUUACUCUGGACAAGAGUCUGUGUUUUCAGUGAAGGCGAAUUUGAAAGAGACAAACUUUAGUGCAAAGUUCUCUGUGGAUUAUUCUUAUCAAAAUCUGGGAGCUUCAGUGGUUCUUCCCUGUUUUAAUAACAAACUCUUACCAGAAGUAAAAAGAUUAAAGGUGGAGUGGAGAAGAUCAGACUUGGAGAGACCAGUAUGUCUGUAUGAAGGUGGAAAUAUUAGACCAGAGGCUCAACAUCAGGAUUAUCAUGAUAGAGCUCAUUUCUUCACUGAAGACAUUAAACAUGGAAACUUCUCACUCAAGUUGAACAAUCUGACAGCUGAAGAUGAGGGACAAUACACAUGUAAAGUUUACUCUGGACAAGAGUCUGUGUUUUCAGUGAGGGCGAAUUUGAAAGAGACAAACUUUAAGUACACAUUGAAAUAUUUAGGUGAUCAAGUUGUUCCUCCUGGAGAUUCAGUGGUUCUGCCCUGUUUUAAUAACAAACCCAUACCAGAAGAAGGUCUGAAGGUGAAAUGGAGUAAAUCAGGCUUGAAGAGUCCAGUAUGUCUGUAUAAAGAUGGAGAUAUUAGACCAGAGGCUCAACAUCAGGAUUAUCAUGAUAGAGCUCAUUUAUUCACUGAAGACUUUAAACAUGGAAACUUCUCCCUCCUGUUGAAGAAUCUGAGAGAAAAAGAUUUGGGAGAAUACACAUGUACAGUUUACAGUCAGGAGCUAACUUCCAGAAGAGUUUUUAGAACAGUUGUGUGUUCAGGCAGAACACAAUUGGUACCAAGACUAUCAGAUUUAGAUUUCAUUCGUCAGAUGUGUCUGGUCUUCUGUCCAAAUCUCAUCAUGUUCUUAGCUUUUAUCUUCUGGGGUGUUUCUGAAGGAUCUGUGAAUGAGACGAUCUGCUGCUGUGCUCUUUAUAUUCUCAGACCUCUCACACUCUUCUGGGCGCAUCCAUAUAUAAAUGUGUUUAGAGGCAAAAUUAAAACACUGAUUUUGGAGUACAGCUAUGUUGCAGAAUAUUGUGUUAUGACAGCUGUUGUUUAUUCAGUUCUUUUUACAAAUACUUUGGAGAAACUUUUGGGUUAUGGAGAAUUUGACAGAGUUUUGAUAUUAAUCAUCUAUGUAAUAGUGUUUCUGUGCUGCUUCAGUAAAAUAAUUUACGUUUUGGCUGAAGAGAUUAAAUACAUCAGAGGAUGGAUAACUGAUAUUUUUGAUAUUGUGGCUGAUCUAACCUUUGAAAUUAUGCCUAUUUUACAAUUCAUCCUUCUGUUUUAUACAUUUGGAUCAGCCAGUGGAGGAUUCGUUGUCAUUGUUGCAGUUGUACCAUUUAUACUAAUGAUCACAAAUGAAAGAAUGUUUGAUAAAUGUAAUGAACAAGUCAUCUGGUCACGUGAGGUCAGAAGAACAAUUUGGCUCAUUCUUACAUUACUGUUGAAUGCAGUAGUGCUCUGCCUUUACAUCUUGACACUCGAAAAUAAAAUGGAUCCUUUUGGAUGGGCCUGUGUUAUGGUGUUUCUGCACGUACUGUGGGAAGUUGUGAGAUUCUCAGAUCAUUCAUACUAUUACUCUAUUCCUCUGGGUUUUCAUCGUUUUGUCACUGUGUAUGUGUUUGGAUCAGUUGGUGUUGUUUUAAUUAGCUGCCUUGGACUGAUGACUGAACUGAUACUGAAAACAAUAAAUGGUGAGCGUGCAGUGAUGGAUCUGAGAUUCAUUGUCUUUCCAUCUGAAUGUUUUUUCGUCAUGUCUGUGAUGAUUUUAGGACAACUUGAUUCCAAGAUUAAAGAGCGUCUGCAGCCUUACCAGAGGAAAAUAAGAUCCAAACUAAAAUCAAAUAGAAGACCAAAGCAGAAACGGAGCAAACCAGAUUAUUUUGAAAUGAAACCUCUACUGAAAAAAGAUCUGGAAGCUGGUAGAAGAAACUCCUUCUGAUCUCACAAACAUAAUGAUCAAUGAGAGAAGAUCAUGUUACCAGAUUCAUCACAAAAACACUGAUCAUUAGAUCAAACUCUCAUGAGCUCUGACAGACUACAAGUUCAGUGUUAUUGUUUUAUUUUUGACAUUUUGUAAAUUGAGCUUUUUUAAUUAGUUAAAUGUUAAUGUUUUUACUCAUGUGAAAGUAGAUUGUUAAUUUUUUACAA